AUUGAUUUAGCAUCACAUGAUAAACGUCAGUUGCGUGUCACAUGAGACAAAACUUGACGUCUUGAUUGUGUGAUCUUUCCUGUUUUGUACUAGUUGGUUUUUGCUUCUCACAAACUCCAAGUCGACGUUUGUGAGACUUUCUGUGGAAUUUAGCAGUGGAAAAUCUGAAAAUGUCUUUAUCUGCAAGACAGGCCAGCCGGGAACACGUUCUAGCUGUUUCCCGAGACUUUGUGUCCCAACCAAGAUUGACCUAUAAAACAGUUUCUGGAGUCAACGGACCGCUGGUCAUCUUGGAGGAUGUCAAGUUCCCGAAAUUCAACGAAAUCGUCGAACUUAAACUGGCUGAUGGAAGCGCCAGGUCUGGACAAGUCCUGGAAGUCAGUGGAUCCAAAGCUGUGGUCCAAGUGUUCGAGGGAACAUCAGGAAUUGAUGCCAAACACACCCUCUGCGAGUUCACGGGGGAUAUUUUGAGAACCCCUGUAUCUGAAGACAUGUUAGGGCGUGUGUUCAAUGGAUCUGGCAAACCCAUCGACAAGGGACCUCCAAUUUUGGCGGAAGAUUACUUGGACAUCCAAGGUCAGCCCAUCAACCCCUGGUCGCGUAUCUACCCAGAAGAAAUGAUCCAAACUGGUAUCUCCGCCAUUGAUGUGAUGAACUCUAUUGCUCGUGGCCAGAAGAUCCCCAUUUUCUCGGCUGCUGGUCUGCCGCACAAUGAAAUCGCCGCCCAAAUCUGUAGACAAGCCGGUCUUGUUAAGGUGCCCGGAAAAUCCGUGAUGGAUGAUCAUGAAGAUAAUUUCGCCAUUGUUUUCGCUGCUAUGGGUGUGAACAUGGAAACCGCUAGAUUCUUCAAGCAAGAUUUCGAAGAAAACGGCUCCAUGGAGAACGUGUGCCUGUUCUUGAACUUGGCUAAUGACCCGACCAUUGAAAGAAUCAUCACGCCUCGUCUGGCUUUGACUGCGGCCGAAUUCUUGGCCUAUCAAUGCGAAAAACACGUCCUGGUCAUCUUGACUGACAUGUCUUCAUAUGCUGAAGCCUUGCGUGAGGUAUCAGCUGCUAGAGAAGAAGUGCCCGGUCGUCGUGGUUUUCCCGGUUACAUGUACACCGAUUUGGCCACUAUUUAUGAGCGUGCUGGGCGUGUUGAGGGCAGGAACGGCUCCAUUACUCAAAUCCCCAUCUUGACUAUGCCUAACGAUGAUAUUACGCAUCCAAUCCCCGAUUUGACUGGAUACAUUACUGAAGGUCAAAUCUACGUCGACAGGCAGCUGCACAACAGGCAGAUUUAUCCUCCAAUCAACGUGCUGCCAUCGUUGUCACGUUUGAUGAAGUCCGCUAUUGGUGAGGACAUGACCAGGAAGGAUCAUUCUGAUGUUUCCAACCAGUUGUAUGCUUGCUACGCUAUUGGAAAGGACGUCCAAGCCAUGAAAGCUGUUGUGGGUGAAGAAGCUUUGACUCCCGAUGAUCUUCUCUACCUCGAGUUCCUGACCAAGUUCGAAAAGAACUUCAUCUCACAAGGAAACUAUGAAAACAGGACGGUGUUCGAGUCGUUGGACAUUGGCUGGCAAUUGCUGCGUAUCUUCCCCAAGGAGAUGUUGAAACGUAUCCCAGCAGCCACUCUUGCGGAAUUCUAUCCCAGAGAUUCGCGUCAUUAAAUCCACUCUUGAUUGGUGCACUAUGUGUCUUAGUUUAUGCUGAGGCUUAAAGUCUCUUGUAUUGAAGUAAGUUAAAUGAAAUAAUUCGCCUCCCUUUCAUUGAUUUAAUUGCGUUCUUCUGUGCAAUUCCUACUACUGAGUCUUGUUGUAUUAUAGUUUUUGUUGGUUUGAUUUUAUCCAGAAUUCACUUAGUUGCAUCUGUACAAAUUUGUAUUAUAGCAUAUCAAUUCUGAAAAAAUCGUACUCAUUGUUCAAUCAGCUUAAUGACUCGGCGGCAAAAAUACGUUUUUCUUUUGGAAACAUUCCACUAAGUUAAAUUUCCUUGUUUGAACAAUAAUAGGUCAGGAAUAAAGAUUUCAGUAUUCUUAUUGUAGAAAAGUGAACUUUUCCGUAAAGUUUCCAUAUAUAUACCCCCAGCCUAUUGUUGAUUAUUUAAUGUUGUUAAUAUGGUAGAUGUGUAAAAAUGAUAUUGUGAAUAAAACAGUUCAUAAAAGUU